AUGAAAGGCGGAGAUGCCCAGCUAACAGGCAGUGGCGAGGGUGCGGAUGCUGAACCAUCUUUAGUGCCACCUUCUGCCUUUGAUCACGCUGCACCGAAACUGCGAAAGUCUGCACCCAAAGCAAAGACAAGAGCAAGCACAGGUGGUCUGAGCAUGCAAGGAAGAAAGAAUCCAAUGACCUCAGAUGCUAUUGCAGGGCCUUCUAUGCAGACAGCACCUACUCCCAGUGAGCAGAAUUCAACAGUGUCGCAGCACCAUCAAAUUUCCUUUGCAACACCAAUGGGAGGUCCUCCGCAACAUUUUUACUCACCUGCGCCCCAACCAUACUAUCCCCCACACCAGUUUCUCCCUCCGCCCCUGCUGAUUCCUUCAAUUCCCCCCUUACACUCCUCACCUCCACUUCACCAUUCACCACCCCGGUUGUAUCACCCUCCCCCACAAUCACAUUUUCCGUCUCAACCAUAUGCCCCUCCGUCUCAACCAUACGCCCCUCCGCCUAUGCCAGCCCCAUAUAUUCACUCGACUUAUCAGCAAACACGAAGCAUGCAAGAAGCCCCACCGUCACACCAAUUUCAACCUCUGAUGUCGCAUAGCGUUGUUCGAUACCCGCAGAGUCAGCAUCACCACCCACAGUUUGUAAUAGCUCUUUAUGAGGGGAGGCGGAAUGAGAGGAGACAGAGCGAAGCAAAGACAUGCGGUCGGGUGGAGGCCUUCAAGCCAUUCUCAACCAUCCGCAUCAAUCCCAUUACACUUGAGGUCAGUCCUUCAUUCUACGAGGGAAACAACUCAGCCGCGUUGAGGAACAUGAACUCCAAAGUUAACAUUCUGACUGGAGGAGUUGCCUAUAUGCUCAUUGAUAUCAAGGCCACCUUUAUGCUGUUGAAUGAGGCUAACAGAAAGUCUCUCCUCGUGGAAAUCAAAGAACUAAUUGAAUCCAAAGAUUUCAAGGAUUUUAUCAAGAACAACAACGAGAUAUUCAAGGUCCCAAAGUUCCUGUUUGAAGAUGUGGAGCUCACUGCACAACUCUCGAAGCUAGUCAGCGAAGCACUUUCUUGCAUCCGCGGCAAUGUCAAGACAAAGACUGAUUCAGCUGGUGUCAUCAAUCUUAAAACACUCGAGCAUUAUGGACACCGCAAGAUCGCUAGCCCAUGGUUGCAUAGAGGUGAUGCAUCCCAUUGGAAUAGAUACGCGUUUUUUGGUACGGCCUCACUCUCUUGA